AUGCCUUUUCCUCCCAUCUCCCAUUUCCUGUUUGCUGUCCCAUCUUCAUCUCCUGUCUUCUAUACCAACUCUCCUCUUCACCCAUCCACCCAUCUAGUCAUCCUCCCUUCCUCCCUUCCUCCCUUCCUCCCUUCCUCCCUUCCUCCCUUCCUCCCUUCCUCCCUUCCUCCCUUCCUCCCUUCCUCCCUUCCUCCCUUCCUCCCUUCCUCCCUUCCUCCCUUCCUCCCUUCCUCCCUUCCUCCCUUCCUCCCUUCCUCCCUUCCUCCCUUCCUCCCUUCCUCCCUUCCUCCCUUCCUCCCUUCCUCCCUUCCUCCCUUCCUCCCUUCCUCCCUUCCUCCCUUCCUCCCUUCCUCCCAUCUCCCAUCCUCCCAUUGUCCUCCCACUGUCCUCCCAUCCUCUUGUUCUCCUGUCCUCUUGUCCUCCUGUCCUCUCAUCCUCCUAUUGUCCUCCCAUCCUCUUGUCCUCCUGUCCUCUCAUCCUCCCAUUGUCCUCUGUUAUGAUCAAUGUUCACCGAUUGGUAAAGGUUUCACACAACCACUAGGACUUGUCAAGAUAAAGAGCAAAGGAUGA